AUGUUGGUGAGCCACAGAGGUCAGCAGUUGACAAAGACAAAGGAGGAGUACGACGACGACAAUGAAGGCACGAUCACCACGACUUCGUGCCGCGGAGGACAGGAGGUCAGUUACCGUCGUCGUCAUGGGCACGACGACCGCUGGUUCUGCGACGAGCGCGACGAGCAGGACCAGGACCACGAGACCGAGCGGGAGGUGGCCUUCGCCGAUGAGCUACCGCGCCGCGCGCGAGGCGACCUCCACCGGGCCACCGGCGGCAGCAGCGGCCUCGACUCGAAGAUAGGCGACCUCGACCGCCGCAUGAUCAGCCAAUCCACCGACGCAGCCGCAGCCGCAGCUGGAGACGAGAGCGGGGAGGAGAGGCGCCGCUCGCCCGUCUCGUCGUUCACGGCUGUGGUCGACAUCACCACUUCCACGUCUUCAUCGUCGUCGUCGUCGGCCGCUCGGCUUCCGCUUGUGGCUGAAAGAGAAGACGACGAGCAAGUGCACGCCGCGGCCCUGGAGCAGGACCAGUCUGAACAAGACGUGGAAGAAGACGAAGAGGAGGAGGAAGAAGAGAAUGAAGAGGAUGAUGAAGAGGCAGAGCUGGUCGAGGUCGACGAAGACGAAGCCGAGCGCGCAGAGGAGGUGGCCGAGGAGCUAGCCGCCUUCGACGCUGCGACCGAGCAUCUGCUUCACCUUCUCGACGAGCUCCGCGACGACAACGGCCGGUAUCGGUACAGGCGGGGUCAAGUGGUAGCCGUGGCGGGCGGGCGCAGCUCGACCGUUAUCGUUUCCUUCCCUGCCUCGCACGAGAUGGACCAGUCGGCCAAGCACCAGAGAGUGGUCCAGAAGAAGCCUGACGCAAGGGACAUCCCGCGAGCGCGACACAUCAUCUUGCGCUUUUGCGACUCACAACAAUCGGUGGAGGCUAAGAUCGUGUGCAAGGAACCGUGGGGCGUUCGCGUGGAGGUGCUCGAGGAGCGGCCCGAUCUCAGCCUGUCGAUUGGAACGCGCUACUGGGCUCGGUUCACCGGCACCGUAAGCCUCAUCACCAACAUUCCCGUCCUGGAGGCCAUGCAUCCAUGCUAG